AUGGCGGACUCCAAGGUGAAGGACAUGGGCUUGGCCGAGUUCGGCCGCAAGGAGCUCACCUUGGCGGAGCACGAGAUGCCUGGCCUGAUGGCGGCACGCAAGGAGUUUGGUCCCUCGCAGCCUUUCAAGGGCAUGAACAUCAACGGCUCCCUGCACAUGACCAUCCAGACGGGUGUGCUCAUCGAGACCUUGGCGGCGCUUGGCGCCAAGGUGCGCUGGUGCUCCUGCAACAUCUUCAGCACGCAGGACCAUGCCGCUUCGUGA